UAACCGUAGCGGCCGCCGCAGUCGCGCGGAUUGAGCGGGCUCGCGGCGCUGCGUUCCUGGUGAGUGGGGCGAAGUCUGGCCCGAGUUGUGGUUGGGGUCGGGACCCGAACCUUCCCCUUCAGGGCUCCAGAGUGGGCGCGGCCCUGAGCCCCGCCGCCCGCUUUCGGCCUGUCAGCUGGCCGGAGACCUCAGACGCCGGUGCGGCCGCUCUGCUCAAGCCUGGGCCCUGUCUGCGACGCCCGCAACUCCUAGUGCUCACAGGUCUCCGGGCCAGGGCAAUGUUCCGCACGGCAGUGAUGAUGGCGGCCAGCCUGGCGCUGACCGGGGCUGUGGUGGCUCACGCCUACUACCUCAAACACCAGUUCUACCCCACUGUGGUGUACCUGACCAAGUCCAGCCCCAGCAUGGCAGUCCUGUACAUCCAGGCCUUUGUCCUUGUCUUCCUCCUGGGCAAGGUGAUGGGCAAGGUGUUCUUUGGGCAACUGAGGGCAGCAGAGAUGGAGCACCUUCUGGAACGUUCCUGGUAUGCUGUCACAGAGACUUGUCUGGCCUUCACCGUUUUUCGGGAUGACUUCAGCCCCCGCUUUGUUGCACUCUUCACUCUUCUUCUCUUCCUCAAAUGUUUCCACUGGCUGGCUGAGGAUCGUGUGGACUUUAUGGAACGCAGCCCCAACAUCUCCUGGCUCUUUCACUGCCGCAUUGUCUCUCUCAUGUUCCUUCUGGGCAUCCUGGACUUCCUCUUCGUCAGCCAUGCCUAUCACAGCAUCCUGACCCGUGGGGCUUCUGUGCAGCUGGUGUUUGGCUUUGAGUAUGCCAUCCUGAUGACGAUGGUGCUCACCAUCUUCAUCAAGUAUGUGCUGCACUCCGUGGACCUCCAGAGUGAGAACCCCUGGGACAACAAGGCUGUGUACAUGCUCUACACAGAGCUGUUUACAGGCUUCAUCAAGGUUCUGCUGUACAUGGCCUUCAUGACCAUCAUGAUCAAGGUGCACACCUUCCCACUCUUUGCCAUCCGGCCCAUGUACCUGGCCAUGAGACAGUUCAAAAAAGCUGUGACAGAUGCCAUCAUGUCUCGCCGAGCCAUCCGCAACAUGAACACCCUGUAUCCAGAUGCCACCCCAGAGGAGCUCCAGGCAAUGGACAAUGUCUGCAUCAUCUGCCGAGAAGAGAUGGUGACUGGUGCCAAGAGACUGCCUUGCAACCACAUUUUCCAUACCAGCUGCCUGCGCUCCUGGUUCCAGCGGCAGCAGACCUGCCCCACCUGCCGUAUGGAUGUCCUUCGGGCAUCGCUGCCAGCCCAGUCACCACCACCCCCAGAGCCUGCGGAUCAGGGGCCACCCCCUGCGCCCCACCCCCCACCACUCUUGCCUCAGCCCCCCAACUUCCCCCAGGGCCUCCUGCCUCCUUUUCCUCCAGGCAUGUUCCCACUGUGGCCCCCCAUGGGCCCCUUUCCACCUGUCCCGCCUCCCCCCAGCUCAGGAGAGGCUGUGGCCCCUCCAUCCACCAGUGCAGCAGCUCUUUCUCGGCCCAGUGGAGCAGCUACAACCACAGCUGCUGGCACCAGUGCUGCUGCUGCUUCUGCCACAGCAUCUGGCCCAGGCUCUGGCUCUGCCCCAGAAGCUGGCCCUGCCCCUGGCUUCCCCUUCCCUCCUCCCUGGAUGGGUAUGCCCCUGCCUCCGCCCUUUGCCUUCCCCCCGAUGCCUGUGCCCCCUGCGGGGUUUGCUGGGCUGACCCCAGAGGAGCUACGAGCUCUGGAGGGCCAUGAACGGCAGCACCUGGAGGCCCGGCUGCAGAGCCUGCGUAACAUCCACACACUGCUGGACGCCGCCAUGCUACAGAUCAACCAGUACCUCACUGUGCUGGCCUCCUUGGGGCCCCCUCGGCCUGCCACUUCAGUCAGCUCCCCUGAGGAGACUGCCACUACAGUUAUUGCUGCUGCCUCCUCCACCAGCAUCCCCAGCUCAGAGGCCACGACCCCAACCACAGGAGCCUCCCCAACAGCCCCUGAAACGGAAAGGCCUCCAGGUAGGUGUGAUUGGCCUCCAGCCGGGGGAGCAGGGAACUUCUCUAGGUUCCACUUCCAGUCUCUCUGUCCCCAGCUCCUGAGUCAGUGGGCACAGAGGAGAUGCCCGAGGAUGGAGAGCCUGAUGCAGCAGAGCUCCGCCGGCGCCGCCUGCAAAAGCUGGAGUCUCCUGUUGCCCACUGACAUUGCCCCAGCCCAGCCCCAGCCCCUGCUCUUUUGAGCAGCCCUCGCUGGAACACAUCCUGCCACCAAGUGCCAGCUCCCUCUCUGUCUGCAGCAGGGAGUAGUACCCCCAGCUCUGAGAAAGAGGCGGCAUCCCCCAGGCCAAGUGGAAAGAGGCUGGGGUUCCCAUUUGACUCCAGCCCUCAGAGUCCCAGGCAGCUAUGGGGAUCUCGGGUCAGUUCCAGCCUUCCUCUCCAACUCUUCAGCCCUGUGUUCUGCUGGGGCCAUGAAGGCAGAAGGUUAAGCCUCUGAGAAGCCCUCUUCUUCCCCUACCCCUUUCUGGGAGAAGGGGCAGCCCCUCUGAGCCCUACUUGUGUGUGUGGAGUCACUGCGGUGCCGAACAGUAUUAGCUCCCGUUCCCAAGUGUGGACUCCAGAGGGGCUGGAGGCAAGCUAUGAACUUGCUCCCUGGCCCACCCCUAAGACUGGUACCCAUUUCCUUUUCUUACCCUGAUCUCCCCAGAAGCCUCUUGUGGUGGUGGCUGUGCCCCCUAUGCCCUGUGGCAUUUCUGCGUCUUACUGGCAACCACACAACUCAGGGAAAGGAAUGCCUGGGAGUGGGGGGGGCAGGCGGGCAGCACUGAGGGACCCUGCCCCGCCCCUCCCCCCAGGCCCCUUUCCCCUGCAGCUUCUCAGGUGAGACUGACCUGUCUCACCCAGCAGCCACUGCCCAGCCGCACUCCAGGCAAGGGCCAGUGUGCCUGCUCCUGACCAUUGCAAUCCCAGCGCCCAAGGAAGGCCACUUCUCAACUGGCAGAACUUCUGGAGUUUAGAAUUGGAAUUACUUCCUUACUAGUGUCUUUUGGCUUAAAUUUUGUCUUUUGAAGUUGAAUGCUUAAUCCUGGGAAAGACGAAGGUCUUUCCAGUUUAGAAAAGGCUCUGUACCAAGGAGGGACCACAGGAGCUGGGACCUGCCUGCCCCUGUCUUUUCCCCUUGGUUUUGUGUUACAAGAGUUGUUGGAGACAGUUUCAGAUGAUUAUUUAAUUUGUAAAUAUUGUACAAAUUUUAAUAGCUUAAAUUGUAUAUACAGCCAAAUAAAAACUUGCAUUAACA